CUGGCUGCCACGACUUGCCGUCUGCGGCGGCGACGGUGGCGGCGAGCGGAUCCCGCAGGGGAAGGAGGAGGAGGAGGGAGAGCCAAAGGGGCUGUGAGUGAGCGGGAGAAGCAGGGGGUGAGCGGGGCUUGCCCGCGGGAGGGAGAACGAGCGAGAGCCGAGCCAGCCAUCGGAGCCGCCUCCUCCUCCUCCCCUCGGCGUCCCGCCCCCGCCUGCCAGCCCGCCCUCCUCCCUCUUCAGCCAGCAGAGCCCGAGUGAGGCGCAGCUCGGCUCGCGCCGCUGUCCAGGACAGGUGUGCGCGCGCGCGCCCUCCUCCCCUCCCCCCUUCCUCGCGCCUGCCCAGCGCGCGCCCUCCCUCACCUGCGGCAGGACAGCGCCCGCCCGCCCGGAUCUCGCGAGAGUGGCUGACUGGCUGUGGGGGUUGCGGCGGCAGCAGGCGGAGCCGGGGAGGGAAAGCAGCGGCGGCUGAGGCGACUGAGGCGGCGGCGGGCGGAGCGGCAGGCGGCGGCGGCGCGGCGGCGGAGCGCAGCAUCAUGGCGGACCGAGACAGCGGCAGCGAGCAGGGUGGUGCAGCGCUGGGCUCGGGCGGCUCCCUGGGGCACCCGGGCUCAGGCUCGGGCUCCGGCGGGGGCGGUGGUGGCGGCGGGGGCGGCGGCAGUGGCGGCGGCGGUGGCGGGGCCCCGGGGGGGCUGCAGCACGAGACGCAGGAGCUGGCCUCCAAGCGGGUGGACAUCCAGAACAAGCGCUUCUACCUGGACGUGAAGCAGAACGCCAAGGGCCGCUUCCUGAAGAUCGCUGAGGUGGGCGCGGGCGGCAACAAGAGCCGCCUCACUCUCUCUAUGUCAGUGGCCGUGGAGUUCCGCGACUACCUGGGAGACUUCAUCGAGCACUACGCGCAGCUGGGCCCCAGCCAGCCGCCCGACCUGGCCCAGGCGCAGGACGAGCCGCGCCGGGCGCUCAAAAGCGAGUUCCUGGUGCGCGAGAACCGCAAGUACUACAUGGAUCUCAAGGAGAACCAGCGUGGCCGCUUCCUGCGCAUCCGCCAGACGGUCAACCGGGGGCCCGGCCUGGGCUCCACGCAGGGCCAGACCAUUGCGCUGCCCGCACAGGGGCUCAUCGAGUUCCGCGACGCUCUGGCCAAGCUCAUCGACGACUACGGAGUGGAGGAGGAGCCGGCCGAGCUGCCCGAGGGCACCUCCUUGACUGUGGACAACAAGCGCUUCUUUUUCGAUGUGGGCUCCAACAAGUACGGCGUGUUUAUGCGAGUGAGCGAGGUGAAGCCCACCUACCGCAACUCCAUCACCGUGCCCUACAAGGUGUGGGCCAAGUUCGGACACACCUUCUGCAAGUACUCGGAGGAGAUGAAGAAGAUUCAAGAGAAGCAGAGGGAGAAGCGGGCUGCCUGUGAGCAGCUCCACCAGCAACAGCAGCAGCAGCAGGAGGAGACCGCCGCUGCCACCCUGCUGCUGCAGGGUGAGGAAGAAGGGGAAGAAGAUUGAUCAAACUGAAUGGAAAAUACCCACACACACAUGCAUACGCACACACAUACACACACACAGCCACACACAGAGAAAAUAUACUGUAAAGAAAGAGAAAAUAAAAAGUUAAAAAGUAAAAGAAAAAAAAAAAAAAAAACUUAACUCCAAGGGAGCACCACCCACAGAACCUCCACCAACUGACAGUUUCUCUUCUUGACUUGCCACCCAUCGCUGGAUGUUGUCCACUUUAUCCACCAUAUAAAACAGUAAGCAGCUGCUAAAACAAAAAACAAAAAAAAUACAAAAAGUAAUAACAUUAUAUGAACUGUGUUUCCUACUUGAUUAAAAAAUAUAAAGAACUGAGUGUUUAUUUCCCUAAUUAACCAAGAACUUUUGUACACGUUUAAGCUAUUAUUAUUAAAAGUGUUUGCAAAAUGGUCAAGAUUAUAAUAUUGCUGAAUUAUAUAAAAGUCCUUUUCAUGUUGAGCUAACAUUUGACUUUAGCACAAAAAAGAGAUAUUUUAGAACACGUAAAAUAAUAUUUUUAGUUUUUCUCAUUUUGUUACCAAAUUUCAAACCUUACAUGGAGGUUAUUAUAGUAUAUUUGACACCCUAUAUACCUGUGAUUAGAGAUGUGUAUAUAUAUGAGGGCUAGGCAUGCUGUGUGUCUGAGCUUUGUCUAAAUGUUAUGCAGAAGUUUGUAGAGUUAAAGGUACGUAGGUUUAAUUCAUGCAAGGUAAACAAUAAGUGCUCUCUUUUAUACAAUAUGCAUUGCAUCUGGACCUUAAACAUAUAAAAAUGGUCAGUGAAACUUCUGUGAACAUGAAGAAAUUAUUAAAAAAGGCAUUUAAAUGAAAUUUGCUAAGUUGUGAUUUUUAUGGUUGGAACCAAAGUUAUUCAAAUAGCAAAAGGAAAAAGAAAGAGAGAAAAAGGAAAUCUCCCAUAAUAUUUUUCUGCAUCUGUUUGCUUUGACUGAGUAGGCGUUUUGUCAUUAUUGUGUAUAUGAGAUGUACUUGUAUCGUUCAUAAUAUAUUUUUUUUAUUAUGUGUAGAAAGAUUUUAAGAACUUAACUAACGUGCAGCAAUUUCCAGUGAACCUGUACUUGGACAUCAGGUAGUGAGUCUAUUUGUGGUCACUAGCACUGUCUCCUAAACUUGUAAGAGGUCUGAAGCUAUCCUUUGAUUUUUGCCAGUGCUAUUAACUUAUGUAGACCUGUUAAAAAGCAGAGCAACACAAUUAUAGUUAUCCUACUGAGCCAUGGAUUCUGAGUUUCAUUUUAAAAGAGAAAGCCAAGUUAAGCUGGUGUAUGUAAAGGAUUUCCAUGUAGCUGUGGUGCUAGUUAUUACUGGCUACAUUAUAUGCUAAGUGUAUUUGUGUUCCCCAAGUGUUCAAGCCGCCUGUUAAAAGUAUAUUCUAUAAUUCAUAUUUUCAAGGUGUAGGGUAUGGAAAUGCAAAGCUUAGGAGAGCACUUUACCAAGCAGGUGUCCUCCAAACUGAAAUUGUUUAUAACGAUUGUCUUUUACAGGUUUUCAUUUAAGGAUGUUUGUGUGCUUUUAAUUGACAACUAACUUCUUGCUGCUGUAUAGUAAAAUAUUAAUAUAUUUUUAUCAUUAAACUGCUGCAUGACUAUCAUCUUUGAGUGAAGAUAAAAUGUUAUAAAAAAAGAUGCCUUAAACAGUACAUUUUGGUUUGGAAUUCUGUAGAAAGUAUUUUGGUUUAAAAAAAAACGGAUCUUGUCUGACAGAGAGUUCUGGGGAUGGAAUUGUUUCUUGGCAAAUCCAGCUAUAUAGAUCUAACUGCUGUAUGUAGGAGACACCACCUGUAGGAGCUGGAAGGUGUCAGUGCUGCUCACAUUGUAAAGCAUUGGCCUAGGAAGGUGAAACAGUUGUCUUUUUUGAAGGAUUUUUUUUUUCUUUCUGCUGGUUCUUUGGGUUUGAUUUGAUAUUUUUAAGCUCCCUGGUUGAGUGUGUUGUCUUUGUUUUUGAGAUCUACUGUAUGUGUCGAGUAACAAGCUAUUUCCAUUGUACUGUGCAUUUUCCCAUUAAAUUGUUUGCUUUUAAUAUUCAUACAAUGUUAAAUAUGAGGUGACCGUACAAUAGUUAGGAGUUUCUUUACUUACAAAAUCACUGGAAAUGAUUAAAUUGCUUUUCCCCUUUCCCCAAGGUGCAUUUUUCUUAUUUCCAUAUAGUAAAGUUGAGCUUUUACAGUGCAUAAUGUGACAUUUGGAAUGCUUAUCAACUGCAUGUAAACAUUAAUAACCUGCACUUUUUUGUCUUAAGGUUUGUUGAGCUAUUUUGUUCACUGUACUUUAACUGUGAUAUGGAAAAGACUGCAUUCUCUGUGCUGUUACUAGUUAGGAAAGAGAAUUGCUUUGAUUUUGUCUCUUGUUUACUAUAGCUUCUUAAAGUUAAGCCUUGUACUACAGGUUGUUGGAGUACUCCUAGAUCAGUGUUUCAUAGUAGCCAGCAAUAAGUAGUGCAAGUCAACAAAAACACAGCAAACUUAGGCAAAGUGUCCUUUCUUUGAGAUGCGAGUUCUUUCAUGAGGUUUUCUUUAGGGUCAGAGUUACCUAAAGUGAAGCCUUUCUUAUCUAUAGACUUCAGAUUCUGCUUGGAAUCCUACCGGAUCAAGAAGCACAUGUAUUGUGCAAUUGUCUUUACACUAUAACAGUUAAACACAAUCUUACUAAGAUUUUGAAACCAUUGUCUGAUUUAUGGUCAGUGGGUUUAAAAAGAAAUCCAUGUGCAGAUCUUUUAAGACGUUAAGAGAUGAUCAUAGAAAAGACUAAGUGACUGUAAAGAUGC